UUUAAUGCACAAUUUGUAUUUCUGCAGAUAUCCAAGAGAGUGGCAGCUUCUCCUCAUCUCAGACCUCUCUUCAGCCUAAAACACAGCAAGCAACACAGUAUGAGAGUAUGAAGAAAUCACCAGAUGGAUCGGAGAGUGUGAUACCGGAUUCUUUGCUGAAUAGUUCACUGCCUGGUAUAAAACUAACAAACACAGACACAAUCAACACUCACCUUCAGGUACGCAGUGCAAAUUCAGCUACUUUGCUUGCCUGUCAAGAGCAGAAAAAUAGUUUUAAAGAUAAGUCUAAACAGAAGGAUCAGUGGACUCGCACAAGACAGAAGUGGUAUUGUUGUUCUAAAUGUGGGAAACAGUUUUCCACUGAGUGGCAUCUUCAGAAGCAUAUGCAAAUUCAUAUGACAAAUAAGCAAUAUUGCUGUUCUGAAUGUGGUAGACAGUUCACUGUGAGGGGCAGCUUUUACAAACACAAAAAAAUUCAUACUGGAGAAAAGCCUUAUUGCUGUUCCGAAUGUGGGAAACAAUUCUCAGUUAGAAGCCACUUACAGAGACACACUAGAACUCACACUGGAGAGAAGCCAUAUUCUUGUUCUGAAUGUGGCAAACGAUUCUCUGACAGUGUCUCUCUUCAGAAACACACAAGAAUUCAUACUGGAGAGAAGCCAUAUCGUUGUCCUGACUGUGGCAAAGAAUUCUCUGUUGGUAGUAUUCUGCAGACUCACAGAAGAAUUCAUACUGGAGAGAAGCCUUAUUCCUGCCUUGAUUGUGGCAAACAAUUUGCUCUUAAGACCACUUUAGAGAGACAUACUAGAACUCACACUGGAGAGAAACCUUUUGGGUGUUCUGAAUGUGAGAAACGAUUCCCUGACAGGAGCAGUCUUCAGAAGCAUACAAGAAUUCACACUGGAGAAAAGCCUUUUUCCUGUUCUGAAUGUGGUAAACAGUUCCCCGACAAGAGUAGCCUUGGUGUACAUUCAAGAAUUCAUACUGGAGAGAAGCCAUAUUCCUGUUCUGAAUGUGAUAAACGAUUUUCUGACAGGAGAAGUCUUCAGAAACACACAAGAAUUCAUACGGGAGAGAAGCCAUAUUGCUGUUUUGAAUGUGACAAACAGUUCUUCACCAGCAGCAAUCUUCAAAAGCACAGAAGAAUUCACACUGGAGAGAAGCCGUAUUGCUGUAUGGAAUGUGGUAAAAGAUUCUCACAAGGUGGCAGCCUUCAGAUACACAUGAGAUUUCACACUGGAGAGAAGCCAUAUUGUUGCUCUGAAUGUGGCAAGCUGUUCUCUACCAGCAGCAGUCUUCGAAAACACACAAUACUUCAUUUGGAAAAGAAGCCAUAUAGUUGUUCUGAAUGUGGAAAAGAAUUCACUGACAGGAGAGGUCUGCAGAGCCAUUCAAUAAUUCACACUGGAAACAAGCCCUACUGCUGCUCUGAAUGUGGAAAACGGCUUUCUGACAGAAGAGGUCUUAGAAACCACUUAAGAAUUCACACUGGAGAGAAGCCAUAUAGCUGUUCUGAAUGUGGCAAACGAUUCACCACCAGUGGCAAUCUUCAAAAACACCACAGAAUUCACACUGGAGAAAGGCCAUACUGCUGUUCUGAAUGUGGCAAAGGAUUUUCUCAAAUGAGCAAUCUUCAGAAUCACAGAAGAAUUCACACUGGAGAGAAACCUUAUUGCUGUUCUGAAUGUGGUAAACAAUUCUCUCUACGUACCAGUCUGCAGAUGCACACAAGAAUUCACACUGGUGAAAAGCCAUAUAGCUGUUCUGAAUGUGGCAAACAAUUUUCACGAAUAGGCAAUCUUCAGAAACACAAAAAAAGACACACACGUAUUCACACUGGAGAGAAGCCAUAUUGUUGCUCUGAAUGUGACAAGCAAUUCUCUGACGGUAGCAGUCUUCAGGUACACACUAGAAUUCACACCGGUGAGAAGCCAUAUUGCUGUUCUGAUUGUGGCAAACAUUUCUCUAGUAGUAGUCAUCUUCAGAGUCAUGCUAGAACCCACAAAGGAAAGAAGUGGCAUUGUUGUUCUGAAUGUGGCAAGCAGUUCUCGCAAAUAAGCUAUCUCCAGAGGCACACACGAAUUCACAGUGAAGAGAAGCCGUAUUGUUGUUCUGAAUGUGGAAAGCGAUUCUCUAACAAAAGAAAUCUGCAGAUUCACACACGAAUUCACACGGGAGAGAAGCCGUAUCGCUGUUCUGAAUGUGGUAAACGAUUCACUGAUUUCAGUGGUCUUCAGAAACACAUGAGAAUUCACACAGGAGAGAAGCCGUUCUGCUGUUCUGAAUGUGGCAAGCGAUUUUCUUUCAGUGUUCAUCUUCAGAAGCAUACAAGUGUUCACACGGGAGAGAAACGUUAUUGCUGUGCUGAAUGUGGCAAACGAUUUUCACAACUGAGCAGUCUUCAGACCCACAUGAGAGUUCACACUGGAGAGAAGCAGUAUUGUUGUUCGGAAUGUGGAAAGGAAUUUUAUACCAAAUGGAAUCUUCAAAUCCAUACAAGAAUUCAUACCAGAGAGAAGCCGUACUGCUGUUCUGAAUGUGGCAAACAAUUCUGUUACAAGAGCAGCCUUAAGUCGCACUCAAGAACUCAUGUUGGAGAAAGCAGUGCAACUUGCUAGGCAGCAAAGAUUAGUUUUUAAAAAAGCUGGAACAGAAGAAAAGCUAACUGGCAAAACUAUAAAUCUGGUGAUAAAUGUUAACCCUUUGCUUCAUUGCCAUAUGGAUGGCUAAGCAGAGGCAAACUAAGAGUAAGAGAUGAGCACCUAAUUAUGGCUGCCCAAAAUACAGACCUGCACACAGUGGCUCAAGGCAUGGAUAAAUGAAAUGGCAACACAGAGUUAGAAAGAGUUGCACUUGUGGUUGCCAGUUUCAAGGUGCUGAUGACUGUAAGCUUGUACAACUAGAAAUAACUAUGUUGACAGUCUACAAAAUUGGAAAAAUCUGCAAACACAGAAAAAUAUACAGCCUAUGAGCACUAAUGAAUUUAUACAGUACCUAAACUUUUGGCAAGAACUGCCUUUAUGGCGUAAUAUGUUAAAAUUCAAAAAGCUAUACUUCCAGCUUGGCUAAAAAAAUAAA